CUAACACCGUUCCAUAGAAAUGUCAUUAAACAAUAGGGUACUGCAGUUCAAAUGGAUUUCCAGAGAAGUUUUAUCAAAUCAUCCUCCUCUGGCUCUAUUUAAAGGAGCACCAAAGCCGACUUGUCUCACAUGACUUAUUUAAAGAACAACUAAAGCAAGAGAAAUCCAAGAUCGUGAAUCUGAACGACGGGUCAUUUUCGCUGCAUAAAAUGAAGACUGCUGUGAUCGUUUUCCUUGUUGCAAGUGUCUGUAUUCACUGUGCAACCCCAUCAAAACAAAACAUACGCAAAAAACGAGCCUGGAUUGUGGAUUCACUCUCCAUGGAAGAGGAGCACAGUGGUCCUUUCCCAUAUAAACUGGGAGAUUUAAAUAUUGAGAAGACAGUUAUGGAAGAAUACUUCAUCCAUGGUCAAGGCAUUGACAAAGAUCCCAAAGGAAUUCUCUCUGUCAAAACCAAUGGAUCGAUUUAUGCUCUUGGAAAAGUUGACUAUGAGCAAUACAAGAAGCUGACGAUCACACUAACUAAAGAAAACACAAACGUUGCUGUAGAUAUUGUGAUUCAGGAUGUUAAUGACCAUGCUCCUGUUUUCAACAAGGAAGUGUAUGAAAUCACAAUAGAUGAGUCAACACCACAAGGUGAGCAUUUGGUCACAGUGCUGGCAUCCGACGCUGACCAGUUUGGCACUGCAAACUCAUUGUUUACUAUGAAAAUCAUCUCAGUGUCUCCUCAAACCUCCAAUACUGAGUUCUUCAUUGAUCAAACUGAAGGAGAUGUGAUAGGGAAGAUUUCUUUCAAGGGAUGUCUGGAUUAUGAGGAGACCCAAAAAUACACUAUUCUGGUUGAAGCAAAGGAUCAUGGGGAGAAGGUGCAACUCUCCAGUACAAGCACAGUGAUAGUGAAUAUCAUCGACAAAAACAACCAUCUACCAGAAUUCACCAAGACAAGCGCUUUUACAUGGGUGAAAGCACAAAGGAGCGGAGAACCUGUUUAUCGACUGCAGGUGACAGAUAAAGACAGCAGAGGAUCUGCAGCAUGGAGAGCACGAUACUCUCUGCAGGGUGAUGAAGCACAGCAUUUCAAGAUUCAGACUGAUCCGGAGACCAAUGAUGGAGUCAUAACCAUCGCUGAGCCUUUGAAUAAUGAAGAAAGGUCCAACUUGAGCCUGAUUGCCACUGUGGAGAAUGAAGAGCCCUUCUUCUACUGUAGAGUCACAGGACGUCCCAAACAUGGACUGUGGGAUGUAGAACACUCAAGAGGAAGGCCCAGUUCCACAUCAAUGUCCCUUCUAUUCACAGUUAUUAGGAAAGAUACCAGUGAGCCCAUAGUAUUUGUGGAGAUCAUGAAACAUGUGGGAGUUAUAGAGAGAAUGGAGACUGGAAGGAUGCUGGAGGCCAAAAAAUUGAGCAUGUGUCUGUCUGAGAAGAACACUGUCAUUACAGUGUACAGCCUGUCAUUCCACUUCGAGCUGAUGGGAGAUGUUGAGGGGAAAUGGAAGCUUCAUUCUAACUAUGGAACAACCGUGAGACUGAUCAAAGAGAGCGCUGUACGUGCGGGCGAUCAUGAACUCACUCUUAAGAUCUCUGACAGCUGGGGCCAGUUUUCACUCCAGACCCUCUCAAUUCAUGUGUGUGACUGUGAUGUUUCUGCAAACUGCCAUGUGCACAGAGCACCAACAAUACAGCUGAACGUCACUGCCAUCGCUGCCAUAGUCAUCAGCAUCCUGCUGCUGCUGGGGAUCCUGUUGAUGGCGUGCCAGAUCAGAGGCAGAGAAAAUAAAUCUGCAAUGAGCUCCUUCCACCCAUUGGAGGCACAUGAUCAAUCUCUUAGUUCUGACAUCAAUGAAAAACAUGAAACUGAUUGCAUGGUAUGUGUUUUGAACCCCGAGGCUGAUGGUCAGACUAAUGUCCUCCUUUAUCCAGGCAGCAUCUUUACUUCACGUCAACUCAACUCCAUGAGCCAGAGCUGGAAUUAAAAAGCUACCAGACCUCAGUAUGCCACUCAAUGUACUGUGACAAUAUGAAGGGCAUAAAAAAAAAACAAAUAAAUAAAUAGAAGGAAUUUUGAUCAAUGCAGUAUAUGUUGGACUGCUUGGUUUUGCACUGUGAAUUAAAAGGCAGGGCUACUUUUGGUUUUGGUUGUUCUAAAUGUACAAUCAUACAAAGUGAAUGACUUUAGGAAUAGAUUGAAACAGAUUACCUGAUUAAUUCGGCAUAAAGUGAAUGCUGCUGAAUUCUGUGAAUGAAUAUGCACUAAGUGAAUGAAUAUGUAUUAUGUGUCAUAUGAUUAUAUCAGCUUAUAAUCAUAUGAUAAAAGUUGAGAAAUUCAUAAACAGCCCUUACCACUUUCUCUGAUCGGGUAGGUGAUACUGUAUCGAGGUAUUCUUACACUGAUAAUGUUUAUAGUGUUCAUAUGAAGAAAUUUUAUACAAGUGAAAUAUUGUUCAUGUUUUGUGGUUAUUGUUUUUUUAUAUUUUGAAUUAUAUUGUUUUUAUUUAUUCUGCUCAAAUAAAAGAAAAUAAAAAGAAUGUGUUACUCAUCAUUUAAAACAAUUAUCUAUUAUUACUAACAAUUUGUACACAGUGACACCUGUGAUUUCAUACAUGGAGAUACAACAUCUGCGCAAUGUGGUGCGCGUAUUGUACACAUACAGAAACAUUAAUAUUUUAUAAUAGCAAGUGGUCUAUUUUGUCCUUUCUGGCCUUUGAACUUCCUGGGUGUUUCCUUGAUUUCCUCAUAAUGGUCCUAUACACUCAAACAAAGAAAAAAUAUUGUCUUAAUGGUCUUUUAAAAACUGGCAGUACAAGUGCACAUGUUCAUAAUAAAAAUCAUUUCACCAGAAGACCAUAAUCUAGUAGGGCAAUCAAGCAAUAUUCCCAUAGUCAAAAACAUUCUCUCUGAGAGACAUGACAAAAUAGUUUGAGAGAAACUCUGAUAUGGACUGUUCAGAUUCUGUCAGAAAAGGGUUAAAAUACAAUGUAACACAACGAGACAACAUUGCUACUUUAACUUGCCUAACUGGUAAUUGUGAGGAAUGUGCAAGUCACAUGACUGGUGCAACUUCGUUUGCAAUACACUCUUAAAAAUAAAGGUCCUUUAUUUGCAUCUGUGGAAGAACCUUUCCAUUCCACAAAAGGUUUAUAGUGGAAAGGGGUUAUUUCGAUUAUUAAUGUUCUUCACACUAAGAUAAAAAUGGUUCUUUUAAGUACUGUUCAAUUGAGGUUUCUUUGCGGAACCUAAAAUGGUUCUUCAUCAUUUUUUUUUUUUUUUUUUUUUUUUU